CUGUUCCAUUAGUGCAGACAGUAAUAUCAACGACAUAUAAUAUUUGUAACCGUGGGUCAAUGUUGUCUACCAUCAGUUAAUUAAUAACGAAAACAAUGGCGAGUUACUUUGAAAUCCUAUGCGGCGUAGUGGUUCUACUCCUCGCCUUGUAUUAUUAUUGCUACUCCAGUUAUGAUUUUUGGAAGAAGCGCGGCGUGCCUGGACCAAAACCACUACCGUUUUUUGGUAACACCAAGGACAUAAUGCUUAUAAGGAUGUCAAUGGCACACUUCGUACAGGACAUUUAUGAGACAUACAGGCAUGAACCAAUGGUUGGAUUAUUCAUGAGUAGAAAGCCUGUUCUGUUUUUGAAAGACCUAGAUCUUAUAAAAGACAUCCUUAUCCGGGAUUUCUCCAAAUUUGCCGAUCGAGGAUUUAACGUUCACGAAAAGACGGAACCGUUAUCGCCAAAUCUCUUCAAUUUGGAGUCAGAACGAUGGCGACCGCUACGACCAAAACUCUCGCCGAUAUUCACUUCAGGAAAACUGAAGGAUAUGUUCCCCCUUAUGUUGGAAUGUUCGGCCCACUUGGAGAAUUAUUUAGAUAAAGUUGCAAAGGGAGUGCCAGUGGAAAUUCGAGAUCUAACCGCGAAAUUCACGACCGACGUGAUCGGUACCUGUGCAUUCGGGAUUGAGAUGAACGCGAUCGCGGAAGAGGAUAGUGAAUUUCGUCGAAUGGGUAAAAAGAUUUUUGCUGCCGACACAGAAAACGUUUUACGGUUAAAAGUUAAACAGUACAGUCCAAAAUUUUACGAUUUACUCGGAUACAUACUGCCUGACAGAAGAAUAGCUCCCUUCUUCACAAAGGUCGUCACAGAUACCAUAAAAUACAGGAAACAGCACGACCUCUCCAGGCCCGAUUUUAUCAACAUGCUUAUGGAGCUUCAAAAGCAUCCAGAAAAGAUAGACAACAUUGAGUUAACAAAUUCUUUUUUAACCGCCCAAGCUUUCGUCUUUUUCGCGGCCGGCUUCGAAACAUCUUCGUCGGCCAUGAGCAAUGCUCUUUAUGAGUUAGCUCAAAAUCACGAAAUACAAAAUAAGCUGCGUGCAGAAAUUAAAGAAUAUUACGAUAAAUCCGACGGUGAAUUGAAGUACGAAGACAUAAAAGACAUGGAAUACUUGGAUAAAGUAUUCAAGGAGACAUUAAGAAAAUAUCCAGCUGGACCGAUCAUAAUGAGGAAAGCAACGUCCGAUUACACUUUCGAGUCUGUGAAAGUUACGAUACCAAAAUUAAUGGUUGUAUGGAUUCCGCUAUUCGCGCUCCAUUGGGACGCUAACAUUUAUCCAAACCCUGAUAAAUUCGAUCCGGAAAGAUUUAGCGAAGAGGCUGUAGCGGCUCGACACCCUAUGGCUUACUUGCCUUUCGGUGAUGGACCAAGGAAUUGCAUUGGUGCCCGUUUCGCAGUUACACAAACAAAACUUGGCCUAAUCAAAAUACUCCGAAAUCACAAAGUGGACGUAUGCGAAAAGACAGAAAUUCCAUACGAAUUUGAUCCUGGUGCAUUCCUCUUGGCACCAAAAAACGGAAUAUACUUGAAAAUUUCGAAAAUUUGAAAUUAA